GGCAAUCAAUUUCGUAUAUGCAAAGAUCUCUAAUGAAAAUGAAUGAAUGAAAUUUGACAAAAACAUUUGAUUAAGUAAUAAUUAAGUUUUAACUUCAAUAAUCCGCAUCAACAAGAGGCGAUAAUCUCACCUCAGUGACAGCUAAAUGUCACCUGUCGGUGUUGUAUCAUAACCUCAAAAACUGUUCUGUGCUCAAAAAUACAAUAUUUUUUUUAGUAUGUUGGUCGAGGAAAAGGAUGAAAACAUUCCAUCAGAGCUGCAACGGAAUCCAUACACAGAGACUGUAACUCCACUCACCAACGGCCUUUUGAAGACCUACGGCCCAAGUUUAACUCAAGUUAAGAACGCGUUAAGUGAAUUAACGGAGAAAGAGUCCACACUUCUAGAACAAGUCCACAGUGAAAAUUUGGCCUUAGCUGAAUCCCAGCAUUCAGAUGACUUACACACAAUGUUCGCCAAAAUUGAGACGUAUCAAACAAAACUGGUUAACAUAAAAAAGGAAAUGAAACACCUUCACGACAAAAGCGUAAAGUUGAAAAAACGUGCCUUAAAACUCCAACAAUUCCGUGAAAAGCAAGAUUAUAUUAAGCAGCAAAAAGAGGCCAAUAUUAAACAAGAAGAAGAUCUCAUUGUAAAGAAGUAAUACUAAUACAUAUAUUCACGUAAAAAAUAUAAUUAUAAAAAUAAUCUUCAAAGUUGGCCACCUCAUUGUGGCCUUCCAACAAGCACCAUGGUGAACUUUGGUGGUUUAUGCUAUACAGCGCUCGAAGUUAUCUUCAAUUUCGCCGGCGUAAUAACCUGGAAAAUGUAUUGUAAAUUAAGCGUCUGCGUCUGUAUUGAAAAAAUCUAUUUUUCAUAACUUCACCAGCGGCAAAAGCACAUCUUUGCAUAAAUCUGAUAUUUGCCUUCUCAGUUCUGCAAGUCCUCCCUUCUGUUAAGUGAGUGACUAUGACUAUGGUUUGGACGGGACUCCAAAUCGGACCAAUCCCAAAUAUUUAUUUAGUUAUUAGUUGUGUAUUACUGGUUGUAUGAAACCUGUUUGUUUUAUUUUUGUAUAAAAUUUUGUCUUUA